CUCCAUGGCUACCACCACCACCUCACAAGCUAAUUCAACCUACUAAGCUAGCUAGCUAGUGACAAUUAAGUGAUCACAAGUGUUGUUGCGAUGGGUAGAGUAGUGGUCGUCGUGGCGGCGGCGGCGGUAGCCGUGGCCGUCGUCGUGCUGCUGGGCGCGGCGGCGCCGGCGGCGAGCGCGAUGGAGUUCGGCGACAAGGACGUGGCGUCGGAGGAGGCGCUGUGGGAGCUGUACGAGCGGUGGCGCGGGCAGCACCGGGUGGCGCGGGACCUCGGCGAGAAGGCGCGGCGGUUCAACGUGUUCAAGGACAACGUCCGCCUCAUCCACGAGUUCAACCGCCGCGACGAGCCCUACAAGCUCCGCCUCAACCGCUUCGGCGACAUGACCGCCGACGAGUUCCGCCGCGCCUACGCCUCCUCCCGCGUCUCCCACCACCGCAUGUUCCGCGGCCGCGGCGAGAGGCGCAGCGGCUUCAUGUACGCCGGCGCCCGCGACCUGCCGGCGGCGGUGGACUGGCGCGAGAAGGGCGCCGUCGGGGCGGUCAAGGACCAGGGCCAGUGCGGCAGCUGCUGGGCGUUCUCGACCAUCGCCGCCGUGGAAGGGAUCAACGCCAUCCGCACCAGCAACCUCACCGCGCUGUCGGAGCAGCAGCUCGUCGACUGCGACACCAAGACCGGCAACGCCGGCUGCGACGGCGGCCUCAUGGACAACGCGUUCCAGUACAUCGCCAAGCACGGCGGCGUCGCCGCCUCCUCCGCCUACCCGUACCGCGCCCGCCAGAGCUCCUGCAAGAGCUCCGCGGCGUCGUCCCCCGCCGUCACCAUCGACGGCUACGAGGACGUGCCGGCGAACUCGGAGUCGGCGCUGAAGAAGGCGGUGGCGAACCAGCCGGUGUCGGUGGCGAUCGAGGCGGGGGGCUCGCACUUCCAGUUCUACUCGGAGGGGGUGUUCGCCGGGAAAUGCGGGACGGAGCUCGACCAUGGCGUGGCGGCGGUGGGCUACGGCACGACGGUGGACGGCACCAAGUACUGGAUCGUCAGGAACUCGUGGGGCGCAGACUGGGGUGAGAAGGGCUACAUCCGGAUGAAGCGCGACGUGUCCGCCAAGGAGGGACUCUGCGGCAUCGCCAUGGAAGCAUCCUACCCCAUCAAGACCUCGCCGAACCCGGCGCCCAAGAAGAUCAAGAAGGUCACCGACGACGACGAAGAUGAUGAUGACGAGGAGCACCGCCACCACGACGAACUCUAAGCUCAUUUAAUUGUGUGUUUUACAACAGUAACUGGCUACCGUUUGGAGGCGAUUGAUCGACGUCGUAACAAAAUAAGCAGUUCGUUAAUUUAAUCACCUGUAGUUGAUUUGAUUGCAUGCUCGUAUUUUUUGCAAUCUAGCUCGAUUAUGUUUACGCUGUGUAAUGAUUAUUGAUUAUUAAUUUGAAAAAGAUUGUUAAGUAUGAA